AUGUUCCCAGACAUUGCUCAGUACAUUUCCAAGGUGCAGACGGAGAAUCAAGGUGGCCAAGUGUAUGUCUUGGCACUGAUGGAUUGCUGCGUGUGGCCGAGCAAUUCGGCAUAUUUGACUGCAUGCACCCAGGCUUUCACUGCUUUGCUGGCUACAUCGCCAAAGCACGCAGGACAUCUUCAGAUGCCUUUGCCCCAAGCGCAGACUCAUCAAUCCGCAGUUCUGAAGCAUCGUCGAACUCUGGAAGACAGCAUGGUCACAAAUGGGCUUGACAUCAUGCGCCCCGUGUCUUUGAUGUUUGACAAGUCGAACCUUUCUGCUGGAGACAAGCGUGAACCUUGGCAUCCCUGCUUGCUUGUGACGGCCACAGCCCAGGACAACAAUGCAUGGCUGGACAGCUCUGCAGCGCAGAAUCGGUCGAUCGGGCCGUGUCCUCUCAUCCGCGUUGCAGACAUGCUCGGCUUUGACCCAGACUCACGACCUGGUGCCUCGCAAAGGAAAGGGGUUCCUGCACAUUCCGAAGUGAUCACAGCCUACCUGCGCGGGAUGCCUUUCCAGGAAAAUGACCAGGUGGUGUUGGUUGACAUUCUGCCCAACAGGCAAGCAGAGUUUGCCAGAGCAGCUGUCAGCCGCAUGCUGGACAACACAGCACGCCGUCCAGACAUCCGGUACUGUGCGUUCUUCCGAUCGGACCAAAAGGAUGUCGUCCAAGCAUUGGAGAGCAUGGUCUACAAAGAGUGGGAUUCCUCGGGAGCAGCUCCAGCCAGGACGCGCCCAGUGGACGCCUUGCCAGAUCCAACAUUGAGCUUGCUGACAUGGAGCAACGGCCGUGCCACGUUUCCAGAAAGCAUCUUUCAGAAAUUCCCUGAAGGUUCGGCUGCAUUCUCCCAGAUACAGGAACUGAAGAAGGCGUUGGUUGCAGAGUUUCCUGAUUCGGCUUCCGCUGGGCCUGGUCAAUCAACUCAGCCCGGUUCUUCAGUUGGAAGGGCCAGAGCUUCAGGCAGGCCCGAUUUCAGUAUCGAUGGGGGUCAACGACCUUUGGAUUUCACACUGACGGUUGAGAAGGAGCACGUGCCAGUGAGCUCUUUCACGGUUCAGAGGAAAGCCUACUGCGCUGGGACCCGCGCCAAACCAGCAAUCGUCGUGGCUGCUGACCUGUCUGUAUGGCUGGGCAACGAGACCAAUGAGGAGAUUUCUUUGACCGCUUGCGAGCUGUGCGGCUUCAACCUUGGAUCUUUCGAGGAGAAAGUUGUGGCCGGUUUGGGGGAGACUGAGCUUUCUGGAAUCUGUUUCCGAUUUGCCUCAGACCUCGUGCUUGUUUCCAGCGAGCGCCAGUUGACCAGCUUGGCCGAGUUUGCCCACAAAUGCUGCACAGUGCAAGGGAUUGCCAACUUUGAACUGGCAAACCACGAGAUCCAGCAGAAGAUGUACCCACCAGCAUCCGAGUCAGAAGAAGCUGUGCCAGUCCCCUACCGCUUCAGUCUGGCGCCUGCCCGCAAUGGAAAGUGCAAUGUCUUCCGACCAAAUGCCUUGAGCAAUGCCGAAGCUGCAAGGCACGCCACCAUUGGAGCAGCCUUCGUUGGCCACUUUGACAAAAUCCCGAAGAAUGAUGUUGCCACCGUUGUCUGGGAAGUGACUGGGCAAGCCCUAUUUUUAGCGGUUCGGGAAGCAAGCAAGCCAUUGAAACAACUUGCUUCGAUUACAGUUUCUUGUAGGACAUUUGCGAGUGAGUUGCAAACAAACAUACCAAGAGCUUACAAACUUCAAGCAUGA